AUGUAUCGCUGUAGCUGUCCGUCGCCGAAGGGCCCACCGACGACCCACGGCACCCGAUCGAGCGGUCCUAGCGCCCCUAACCCUGUCGGGUCCCCCGACGGGAGCCCUCCGGGCCCCGACGGGGGCUCCCGAUGGCCGUUUGGCAUUUUCCCCCUUUUUCGUCGGGUGUGGGAGGAGGGCGUGUCCAGUGAACCAGCUGCGCUGCGGCUGUACGGCAAGGAGAUCUGUACGACGUUAUGCGAGAUGCUGAGCGGGCAGCAAUGGGGUCGUAAGACGGCGGCGGCGGCGGCGACAACUAAACUUACGGAGAUUGCACCUGACGCCCUGGGAGAACACGGCAGACGCCUGGCUGCUGCUCUGCUUUCCGAGCUGUCCGUGGGGCGGCUGUGGGAGGGCAAGGAGGCAGUGCUGGCGGCACUAGCGGCGCUGGUUGCUGCCGACCCGCGGGUCAUGGAAGCGGCUCCGGGUUACGCGGCUGUAGUGGACGCAAUGAUGGCCGCGCUGGCUCGCAAGAAAACGUCGUACCGUACGGCGGCCCUUGCGGCGCUGGAGGUUGUGCUGCGGUCCCUGCCAGGAAGUCAGUACGACAGGGUGGCGCCGCCGCUGCUGGCGGCUGUUGCCAGGCACUGCGAGGCGGAGGGUGCCGCUGCUGCCGCCGCUGGGGGGGCUGUCGCCACGUCAGCGUCGUCACAGUCGACGGCGCUGCAACCAGCAGCCGCCGCCGCCGCUGGCGCCGCCGCCGCCACCGGUGGCGACGAGGAUGCCGAGCGGCCGCUUCCGCUGUCUGAGUGCCUCUCGUGCCUUGCCGCGGCCUUUGCGCGCGUCGGCGGUAGCGGCGGAGGCGGUGGCGCCGCUGCCGUCGGCGGGUCCGAAGAAACGGCCAUGUCCGCAGCUGCAUCGGAGGUUUCGGAGCGCGGCGGGGUUCUUGCCGCUGCUCUACGCGGCGUGUUGGCGGCUCAGCUGCCCUGGCCACCCAAGCUGGCGGCUGCUGCCGCGGUACAAGUUCUGGCCCAGCUACUUUACAGUUACUCAACCGUUAACUGUUUCAAGUCGGCACUGGACCACAAGGUUCAGCAGUUUCGGCUAGCGGCAAUCGGCGCCCUCGGGGCAUUGGUGCAGGCAGCCGCCGGCAGUGCAGCCGCACCGCAAUCGUCGCCAUCGUCCGCGACCCCCACCUCCACAGCUGGCUGGAACGAAACCGACCGCCGGGAGCUGCUACCGGGUUUGGUUUCGGGGCUGCAGCAGCUGGCGGAUGUGGACCGGUCGGCGGCUGUGGUGGCAGCGGCGCUGGGAGUGAAGGCCGCCCUGGAGCCGCUGCUGGCAGCAGGGCUAACGGCGGCGGCGGCGUCACCGCCGCCGCCGCCGUCAGAGCAGUCCGCCAUGGAUACCGCGCUGUGA